UUUUUAAAAAAUUAGAAAGAAGCACCUGAUAACUCGUCUCCUGUACCUGAAGAUGAUUUGGAAGUUCUGGCUAUUUUCAUUGAUAAGCUUUUAGCAAAAGACGAGAAGGAAAAAUCUGCGCCUAUGCAGAAAACUGAUGAGUAUAAGGAAAUUUUGAAGAUAAACGAAGUUUAUGAAAUAGACUGUAUAAAGGCUGAUCUAUUCAGAAGUUCUGAGAAUUAUAUGAUUUCGAAAAAAGAAACAAAUAUUACGAAUCUCGAAAAAGAAUGUAAGGCUUCGGAAGAUAAUAUAUUUGAAAAGGCUAGCCAUGUCGAAGAGGAACUGAAGAAACUAGUAGAAGAGGAAGAAGCUUUAAUACUGAAAUUGACGAAAGCAAAGAAAGUUACUGAAUCUGAUCAUAAGCCACGAAGAAAAAGGAAAAGAAAAAAUGAUAAGGAAAAUGAGUGCUCAGAUGGUUUUUACGUUUCCAUCUCUGAGCGUGCGAAGAAUAAUAAAAGAAGCUGUCGAAAAUGAGUAAGUUUUUUUUUCUUCUUUUUUUUCUUACUAUUACUUGCACUAUUUUUAAGUUUUUCACACAUUCGCCUUCAAAAC